CGCGCACGCCUUGGAAGGCCAAGGAAAGGUUUGCGACACGACGUCACAACAACAACGUCGUCGACGACGACGACGACGACGACGAAGACGACGACGAAGACGACGACGACGACGACGACGACGACGACGAAGACGACGACGACGGCAGAGGCAGUAGCGGCGGUAGUGAUCACGAAGACGACGACGAUAAUGACGACGACGACGACGACAACGACGACGACGACGACGACGACGACAACGACGACGACUACGACUACGACGACGAUGGAGUCUAGGCAACGUUAUCACGAACUCUGCCGAUUGUGUGCAUCUUACGACGCUGUCAAGAUGGAUAUAUUCGGUCAGGAGGGAAAAAAUCGACAACUCGUCGACAAAAUUCAGACCUGUCUACCGUUCAAGAUCACAGAAAAUGAUCGUCUGCCAAAGUGUUUAUGUUAUCGCUGUAUGUACAACCUGGAGAAUUUUUAUGACUUCAGGACAGCGUGCGUUAAUGCGGUGGCAUUGCUGGAAAGAUAUUUACCUCCUAGCGAAUUAGCACAUAAUGGGGACAAAAGUAACUACAUGCCGUACAGUAAUAUACAUCCAGAGUUUUUGAAGGAGAAAGAAAAUAUACCUAUAUUAAUCCCAGAGGCUCCUAUAGUAAAUCCUAACGCGGCUCUAGGUACACCGCCAAGAUUAAAUUCCGAUGGAGAAGCGGAUAAUGAGAUAGAAGAACUUCUUGAAAAUAGUGGCACGGAUGAAGAGGCAACGAUAAUAGAUGAUUCAGAUAGAAAAUCUGACGAAUAUGAAAUGGAUAUGGAAACGAAUCCUAGCGAUUUCUUAGAAAUGACCCCAAUGGUAACUGAAGAUAAUGAAGAAACAAGUUCCAAAAAUAUGCCUAUGGUAACGCAAGAAUCUACAGUAUUUCAACAUACAUCGGAGCAACACGAAGUGUAUGUGUGUUCGUUGUGUAACAAGGCAUUCAGUUCUAAAGGACACUUGUCCCUUCAUGCGAGAAUUCAUGUGGGUGCAGGCGAUGUCAUUGGUGAGAAAGUAAUCACCGACGAUCAUACUUCCUAUAAAAGGCCUUAUCAAUGUGAUCUUUGCAACAAAUCUUAUUCAACGGCUAAACAUCGAUGGGGACAUGUAUCUACUACGCACAGAGGACAUCCUGCCGUAACAUGUGGGUAUUGUUCACGCAUUUAUUCAACACGAACAAAUCUUGAAGAACAUAUAAAAUCGCGACAUGCGGGAUUACCGGCACCGUCCGAAUUACCAAACCCCCUCUUCCGCUCGGAAACCAAAUGUUAUUGUAAAAUGUGUUCGAAAAAAUUUACGAGUAUAGCAGAUUUAAAUAUUCAUAGUCGAAUAUGUAUCGGACAACGAAUAGAGCUGCAAGUGCAACAGGAUAUUAAGAGUGAAUCACACAAUAGUAAAAGUCUGAUCGAUACUUCGGAUAUAUCCAGUAUGGAUACAGACGAUGAACACAAGGGAUUUAAAAACGCGGAAGCAAAAUUAGCUAAAAAUCCACAGCUUACGAUACUGAAACAGGCGUUGACAAAGGGGAGUGGUUUAAAAAGAGAUUUGGAUGAUAAAACAAGAGCAAAUUGUAGUCCACAAAAACUAGUGAAAACAGAAGAAUAUUAUCUACCGACAGAUGGCUGUGAAAUGCAGAAGAGGUGGUACUGCGAAAUGUGUCCUCAAAGUUUUACGUCAGUGGAAAAUCUUAAAGAACACGAGAUAACACAUGAUGCUGACAAACCUUAUAUAUGUAUAUUGUGUAAAAAGGACUUUACUUUAAAAUCAUCACUCAGCAGACAUAUCUUGGUAUCGCAUGGUGUAGAUCCAUGCCCUUUUAUAGAUAGUGAUAAGUGUUUAAAAAGAGUAGUUCUUACGCAAUCAUGGGGUCAACAGAUACCGAUACCUAUGUCCGAUCAGAAAGACGCAAAGGAACCUUCGGAGUUUGCUCUGUCUCCAGAAACAAAUGUAGAAAAUGAAGAUGAAGACCAAGAGAGGAGUAAUCACGAAAAUAUGGUAGAAAUGGAGACAGUUUUUGUAUGUGAAAUAUGUACAAGAGAUUUUAAUGAUAGAGCAUCAUUGUGGUUGCAUAUACGUGCGACACAUAAAGAAUGUGCUGCUUUUGCUUGCGGAGUCUGUUUAAAAAUAUGUUCUGACAAUACACAACUCCUAAGUCACGUUAACAUGUAUCACGGAGGAUCAAAGUUGCUAGUAUCGGAACAAAGAAGGUAUAGUUGUACAAUAUGUGGUAGACAACACGAUUCACGAAAGAAAUUAAUUGCUCAUGUAUCGAUACAUAAUGUAAAUCCUGCUUAUGACCCCGCAAAUUUUGUACAGUUAAACAGUAAUUAUUAUAACGAAACAUUAAAUGGUAACGAAGUAAGCGAAAAUAUUUUGGAGUUUGAUGGAGACGAGGGAGAAAAAAUAGACUGCUAUAUUUGUUAUAAAUCAUUUCCAAACGAGGAUCAUCUUAUAAGACACCAGAGAAACGCUCAUAAGUUCGAACAAAUGGCACCGAUAGUAGAUGCCAUUGGUAAUGGAAAUCCAGGGAAUAUGAAUGGUACUGGUAACAGAGCGCAGUAUCAUUUAUUUUUUGUCUGUGAGCUUUGUGGUAGCUCACAUCCUAGUAAAUGGGAACGUUGGUUACAUGUCAGUAGCACGCAUAGUAACGAACCAAGUAUAAAGUGCGAACGGGACGACUGCGGGAAAAUAUUUGCCACGAAGGCGUUGCGUAACGAACACGUACACCACCAUCAUUCUGUACAAGGUCCUUCGCCAAAUACUUGUGAAGUUUGUGGUAAAUUAUGGGGUAGCCGAGUCGAUUAUUGGAAGCAUGUGAUGGGAGUACAUUCCGAUACAGUGCCACUUAUAUGCGGCGUUUGUCUCAAAGUAUUUCCGAAUGUAUUGCAACUUAAGACACACGUGCAAACUAAACAUUGGCCAUUGACCAAUGGCGAUUUUAGUUGCGACAUAUGUGGUAGACCUUAUUCGAAUAAGUCUAAAAUGUCAAGACACAGAAAAAUUCAUGGAUUGGAAAUCGAUGGAUAUGAUAAUAACAGUAUUAACGAUGCCUUGAACGAAUCGUCCAAGUACGAGCACAGUGUACCGCCAGAAAUGGAUUUAACAUGUGAAUUGUGUGCCGAUAUGAAAUUUCCAAAUCUGGAAAGUUUAUGCAGUCAUAGACGUAUUGUGCACCGUCUAUUUCCGUGUGAUCUUUGUAACAAGUGUUACGGCAGAACGUCUCAUUUAUGGAAACAUGUAAAUCGGGUACACAAAGGUCACGUAGACAUAACGUGUCCUUACUGUUUGAAAACGAGUGCGUCUAAAGACCAUUUAGCGGCACACAUAGCCAAAAUUCAUAGGUACGAGUUAGAAGUUAGAAAGGAUAAUAAAAAUUCAGUAAAUUUCAAAUCUUCGAGCGUAGAAGACGGAGUUUUACAUUAUUGUGAAAAAUGCAAUAAAGGAUUUCAUAAACGGUACUUACUUAGACGUCACAUGAAAGGUUGUCAGAAUUAUAGAAAAGAUCCAGGCGCGUUGUUGACCCGUUGUCGCGCCUGUGAAAGAAUAUUUAAAGAUCGUGCGAGUUUACAAAAGCACAUAGAAAAUCAUCAUAGUACGUACACUUGCCAUUUAUGUAACGAAACUAUUACCUCUAAAUUGGGUAUUAUGACACAUAAUCGGGUUAAGCAUAUGGAUCAUCCAGAUCUUACGUGCGACUAUAUCAGUUGUAAAAAAUUAUUCAGAACGAAGGAAGACUUGGAGGCUCAUAGGAAGGAUCAUAAAUAUCACAUAAGUCCGAACGUUUGUGACUUCUGCGGCGAUACCGUCGAGAAUAAAUUGAAAUUAAAAAUGCACGUACUAUCUUUGCACCGAAACGAAAUUGGUGUGUCUUGCGGAGUUUGUCUGAUACCUAUGAAAGAUCCAAAGGAUUUGAAGAAACACGUCGAGGACGUGCACGAAAGUGUUUUAUCUAAACCGAACACGUGUCAGGUAUGUGGGAAACAGUACGCGUCUAAAUGGAAAGCGUUCGAUCACACGAAGAAAUGUCAUGGGAAGGUGUUUAGAACGUGCAAGCAAUGUUUGGCUGUUUUUACGAACGAUUCGGAUAUCAGAGAUCAUUAUGAGCACGUUCACAACAUUUCUAAAGAUCAAUUAGCUGCGUUCGAGUAUCGCAUGGACAUCGGAUCUAAGGUAGACGAGUACGACGGAGUACCAGCGGAUAUAGUCGUCAAGGAAGAACCGGACGACUUGGAUUUCGACGAGGAUUUGUGCGAGGACGAUUUGAACAAUUCCAAACGUAGGAGAUCGUUAACCGACACCUACGAUUGCGAGAUGUGUCCGGAAAUUUUCUUGAAUUGUCACACAUUGGCGAAACAUUAUCAAAAUGUUCACAAUACCGAUCCAAUUCGUAUGUUCAAAAAGAUAAAGCCGGACAACAACGACAAUAGCAAAAGGAAGAUGAGAAAUCGAAAGAAUUUCGAGUGCAAAAAUUGUCAAAAACAAUUCUGCACGAAAACGUUGUUUUGGAAUCACAUAAACGUAUGCACCAGGCGUAACGCGUUCAACAGAUUGGACAUGCAAAGUAUUAUGCCAACUUCGAUUUUGGAGACGCAUUUGAAGAAUAAUAAUCAAAUAAAGAAAGAAGAAACUUCCUCGUUUAUGAGCGAAUCGAAUUUAAACAUUCCAGAUUUUAAUUUAUUUGAAGAUAUUAAUCUACAGUUAUCAGGGCAGAAGCCAGUACCGAAUCUUAUGCCAUUGUCGCAUAUGAAACCUCCUACUGCGGUGAAAUGCUCUAGGAAAGAUUCUCGAAAGGUAUACGACGAAUCAACGAAUACCGAAUGCACGUGCGAAGUUUGUGGUAAACAAUGGCCAGCGAAAAAGCAUCUGUGGCAGCAUCUCAUUCGUUUUCACAGAGCGGAGGCAGCGGUUACUUGUGGGGUUUGUUUGAAAUUAUGUAAAUCUUAUCAGGAUCUGUCCGAUCAUUUGAAGGCCACACAUGCAGCGAUAUUAUCCUGCGAGGGAAAUAAUUUCACGUGUAAAACGUGCGGACGUUAUCACAACGCAAGAAGCAAAUUAUUGUUACAUAUGAGCAUUCACAUUAAUUACGUUGGAAACUUUUGGUGUCAGAAGUGUCAGUUAAAUUUCGAAAGCGAGAGUAAAUUUUCUGAACAUAUAUUGGAAUGCAACAAGAAGAUAGAGUCUGGUCGUAGUAACAUAGAAGAUAAUAUAAAGAAUGAAAACGACGAGAAGGGAAGUUUGAUCGGUGAUGAGACGUCGGUCGUCGAGGAGGUCGAAGAAGUCGAAGAUUUCGAGUCGGAACCGGAGGAGGAUGGCGUAACACAGGAGGAGAGUAACAGCGAGAAUUCCGAAAAUUCUGAGGAUUCGGAUAGUGCUAGUAACACCAGUACGAGCGACGAGGAGGAACCGGAAGAGGAAAAUGAUUCCGAAGCUGAGUCUAGAUCUAACAGUAGGGCGAUAAUAGGUGAGGUAUCGUGUAAUACCGAAAGCGACGAUACCGAUUCAGAAAAUUCGGAGAAUUCCGCUGAGAUCGAUAAUAAAAAUUUAAACGAGAUGAAUUGUUUUAUGAUAUGCACAGAGGAGGAUAAGGAUAGGAAUAUCGAUGGGAAAGAAAAUUUGGAAGAGCAAUUAAUAAUGAAUACGGAUGCGGUAGGAGAAACUAAAGAUAUUAAUCAAGAGGGACAACAGGAAGAAUUGGAUUUGAAAGAAUCGGUUAAUGGUACGAAGUUGAACAAUUUUCACGUUAAGGAAACUGUCGAGGAAGGAAGAAGCGAUUUGGAUUUUACGGACGACGAUGGUCCACCUGUUUUGAGUCCAAUUAUGCCUUUGUUAGAACAGGAGCAAUCGGAACGACACAAUAAUCCUAUGGACGAUAUGAGACACAAGCUUAGUCCUAUGGUACCGUUGACGAUUAACGAUGAAAAAGAAUUAGAAAUGUGUGAAUUGUCUGAAAAUGGUAACGACGUUGAAAGAGCUACGACUUCGUCCAUGUCGAAUCCCAUUAAUUAUUACGAAAAUACGGAUAACGACAAAGACAUGAACCCUAAUGCGUCUACGCAUAAUUUAGAGUACGGGUGUGAGGAUUUUGAAAAUAUUGACAACGAGGAGGAAGAUAGUAUAUCGGUCAACGAGGAUGGACAAAUGGAAAUAGACGAACGGAACGUAGAUUGUAAUUCCGUAAAUAGAUAUGAAAAAUUAGAAAUUACCGAAUGUAUCAACGAUUCCGAGGUAGAUUCUUACGAGGAAAACUUAGACGAGGAGAUUAAAUUUGACAAUGAGACCAGAGAUAACGAUGUACAAAUUCAUAAUUUGAGUGGUGCUGUAUUGAUGGUAGCUAACGAUUCGGAUGGUAAUCAGAUUUUAAUUCAACAAAAUGUAUUAACAAUAGGAAAUGAGGAUUCUAAUACAGGUGCGACAGAAUAUAUUUAUCACGAAACGAAUGAGUACGAGAUAGAAGAGUAUGGUAUAGCACAGCAUGAAACAAAUUCUACGAUACAGUCUGAUGAUAUUCAAGAGAUGGCGUAUGUUCAAGAUAUAUCGGAAAAUGAGGAUAGCAUCGAAGAGGUAGUAGAAAUACAUGAUAUAGAGGAACAAAGUAUGAGUGCCAAAAGCAAACGAUCUAACUUAUAAGUCUGUAACAAAGUGGUGUAAGAUAAAGAGAUAUCGAUGAGGGUCCAUAAGAAAGAUGGGGCGGGAGGACGGUCGCGUUAAAAUGUCGUAUGUACCUUGAAAGAAUGGAGAUAAACAUAUUGUACAGUAGUAAUAAGUACAAAUAUUUGUAGCUUUGGCAAAUUUUUUAUAGAAUUUUCAUAUAGGACAUAAUAACGUACGAGAUAUAUCAUAACGAAUAACACGCAUGGGAUAUAUCAUGUUUAUAUAUAUAAACAAAAAACAAACCAACAGAGAUAUAUGCCUCAGAAAAACUGCAAGCUUCCAAAAUCUAAUUUUAAUCGAACACACAUACAUACAUACACACACACAUAUAUACAUACACACACACACAUAUAUAUAUAUAUAAAUAAAUAUAUAUAUAUAGUAAUGGCGCAUAAUUGAUAAAAGUUGUAUUUUAUAGGGAAUCGAGUUUCAUUAUAAAAUAUUUCCUAUUGCUUUAUAUUAGAUGAUUCUAUUACAUCCUUUGCAUAUAGGUUAAAAUGCAAAAGUGAUCUUCGACGUAUGAUUUAGUGAAAAACUUAUAAACAGGCCUCUGAAAAACGAUUUCUCUAUAAUGUUCUUAGAAUAAUUCGAUAAUACAAGUUUCCACUCAAACAUUACUUUUAAAUGAAACGAAUCGUUGCGUAUUAACGCUUGGACGCAUGUGCACUGAUAUUAUAUUUUUAAUUCUUA